AUGCCAGGUCCUGUGAAGAAUGCUAAAAACAUGGAAGCCUUCAACAUAUUCCAGUGUCAUAAGUUCAUUUUGGUUGGUGUUGAUUAUUUCUCUAAAUGGGUAGAGGCUAUCCCUCUAAGGGAGGUGACUUACAAUGAAAUAAUAGAUUUUAUUGAGGAGCAUAUUGUGCAUAGGUUUGGAAUUCCUCAGUCUAUUACCACUGAUCAAGGAACCAUGUUUAUUGGGAAAAAGCCAAGAAAUUGGCACCAAACUCUCAGUCAAGUUCUUUGGGCUUACCGAAAUUCUCCGAGAGGAUCUACUAGAACCGCCCCGUAUAAGUUAGUUUACGGUCAUGAUGCAGUGUUGUCAAUUGAUAUUAAUCUGCAAAGUAUAAGGGUGGCUAGACAAGAUGAGAUACCAGUAGUAGAUUAUUGGGAUUCUUUGCAUGAUGAGCUUAAUGAACUAGAUGACGAAAGGUUAAGAGUUUUAGAGCGGGUGAUUCAACAAAAAGAGAUUAUGUCAAAAUCAUACAACCGCCGUGUUAAAGCAAAGACAUUUGCAGUUGGAAAUUUAGUGUGGAAAACAAUCUUGCCUAUAGAAAGAAAGUCAAAAACUUAUGGUAAGUGGUCUCCAACUUGGGAAGGACCUUAUGUAGUUGACAAGGUUUACCCUGGAAAUGCCUAUAAGAUUAUUGAAAUCGGAUCAGGAAGAAGAAUUCCUUCAAUAAAUGGAAAAUAUUUAAAAGUAUAUAGGCCAGGCAUACAUGAGAUAAACAUUCCACAUGCUUAA